CGUCAAAACUAGUGCGUACAUAAGCACGUGGGUAUCUUUCUGAUGCUGGUUUAAUUAAACUUUAUAAAGGGUGACCGCUGUUCUACAGACCUGACGUGUCAUCUUUCUUCUAUCCAGUCGAUCCAGUAAUAGCGAAAAAAAUGUCUUAUCCAAAAGAAGUCGGAGGCUUUAAACUCGGCAAACUCAUAAUCGAGGGAAAGACAAAGCAAGUUUUCGACCUACCAAACGCACCUGGUCAAUGUCUCUUGCUAAACAAGGAUAGGAUCACAGCUGGAGAUGGUGUCAAAGCUCACGACAUGGAAGGAAAAGCUGCUAUAUCAAACCAAACAAAUGGAAAAGUGUUCGAGAUUCUGAAGGCUGCUGGAAUCAAAACAGCAUACGUCGAAGUCGCAUCACCAACGGCUUUCAUUUCCAAGAAAUGUGACAUGGUACCAAUCGAAUGGGUGACAAGAAGAUUGGCCACAGGUUCCUUUUUAAAGCGUAACCCAGGAGUACCCGAGGGCUUCCGCUUCACACCGCCUAAACAGGAAACCUUUUUCAAGGAUGACGCCAAUCAUGAUCCACAGUGGUCUGAAGAACAGAUUGUAUCUGCAAAGUUCAAAGUCAACGGUCUCGUUAUUGGUCAAGACGAAGUGGACUAUAUGCGCAAAGUCACAAUUAUAGUAUUCGAAAUUUUGGAGAAAGCAUGGGCUCUUAGAAACUGUGCACUUAUUGAUAUGAAGAUCGAGUUCGGAGUUGACGUUGAUGGAAAUAUUCUCUUGGCUGACGUUAUUGACUCUGACUCGUGGAGACUGUGGCCAUCUGGUGACAAGAGAUUGAUGGUAGACAAACAGGUGUACAGAAAUUUAGCCAAUGUUACCGCAGCUGAUUUAGACACAGUAAAACGCAACUUCACCUGGGUGAAAGACCAGCUGGACCAUCUGAAGCCAACCGUACAUCACAAAGUUGUCGUCUUCAUGGGCUCGCCGGCUGAUCAAGAACACUGCCAGAAAAUUGCUAAAGCUGCCCGUGAGUUCGGCUUAGAUGUAGACCUCCGCAUCACCUCGGCCCACAAAGCUACAGAGGAGACUCUCCGCAUCAUGCAGGAGUAUGAGGAUACGCACGGUGCGCUCGUCUUCAUUGCUGUAGCCGGACGAUCAAACGGUCUUGGACCGGUUUUAUCGGGAAAUACUUCGUAUCCUGUCAUCAACUGCCCACCUCCUUCAGAUAAACUGGUUCAGGACAUUUGGUCAUCGCUUUCAGUGCCAUCCGGUUUGGGUUGCGCAACUGUCGUUUACCCCGACAGUGCAGCUAUCAUGGCAGCUCAAAUCAUUGGACUUCAAGACUAUCUCAUAUGGGCUCGUCUUAGAGUAAAACAACUCGAUAUGGCUACAUCUCUGAGAUUCGCCGACAAGAAACUCCGAAACCUGAAAGUUUAAUUUUAUAACAAUUCAACUUUCUGUUAUUAUCAUUUUCGUCUCGUGUACAGUAUUUGAAUGAGGAGUAAAUGAGACUGCAAUUUUUGUUUUAUACACGUUUUAUAUUUUGUU